GAUUGGACUCCUAAGUGUUGAUUUAUCAUUUUAAAAAUAUAAAAUUUUUAUUCGUUCGUGAGAAAAAUUGCAUCAAAAUUCACCACUUAGCCAAGUGUCCCUUAAGUAACGUCUAUGAAUUCGGCCCUGAGAGUGAGAGUAAUUCGAAAAAAAGCGCGAAUUUUUCCCAGACAUCUGUCUCAGUGAUAUCAGUGAUAAGGAAAAUAAAAAUAUUUACUUUUUCAAUUUAAAUGAUGUAAUCUUUUCGAUGAUGAUUCUAAUCUAUUUGACGAAUGUCGGUUUUUACACCUCUUCCUAAUUAUUAAUUUAGCAAACUACGAUUAUCUCUGUCCUCUUUCACAUUAUCAAAAUAUAACAUGAAGUACAUUUACAAAUAUGAAGACUCGAUGCGUCAGUGCGAAAUUUUACAUACAGAAAACGUCGUUAAACUCUCCGAAUAUUCGAAGUGUCUACUACAGUCAUCAUCGAUUUCAUCAUCCGAGUCCACUGGACGAGAAAAGGAGCACGAAAUUAUGGAGAAGCUUGACACAGUUCAAGAAACCAUUACAACGUUAAAAGCAGACUACAAUGAUCUAACUCAACACUAUUUGAAGUCUACUUCAUUUGGAAUUAAUUUUAAAAAGAAGUUUUUCAACUACUUAGCUCGCCAAGAGACAUUGAGAAAGAAAUUCAUCAAAACAAUCAACGAGUGCAAACAAAUAAAUUCACAUUUAAUUAAUAUUCUACGUGACUGUUUCGUUGAAGUUGAAGCAUUGAACGAAAAUUGCAAUCAAAACACAUCGAUACGUGGUGGAUUUGACUUGUCUUCAAUUCCCAAAGUAUAUGUUUUAUUGCCGAAACUCGAUUUGGAUUGUCAUCCUGAGAUAUCGUUUUCUAUCAAGCACGCUGAAGAGGUGGGCACGUCUCCUGCUGCUUCUGUUUCCGAAUCGCUGCAAGUUUCAUCUUCAGAUUUGAAUACCGAUGUAGCUGUGAAAAAAUGCAAUUCAACGACUGUUUUAGUACCCAAGAAAUCGAAAAAUUGCGUCUCUUCGAAACGAAAUGAAAUUUCUGGUCUCAGCCAAUCGUUGGUUUGCAAGAUUUGUCAUUGGAAUGCCAGUAACGAAGGGAAUAUGAAAAGACAUAUUAUGUUUUUGCACGAAGGUUUAAGACCAUUCGAAUGUGCCGAUUGCGGUAAAUCGUUCACAAGGAAGGAACAUAUGAAGUCCCAUAUAUUUUCAAUGCAUAUGCCCUAUCAAAGCAGACCAUAUAAAUGCGAUACUUGCAGCAAAUUUUAUUCAACUCGGAGCGAUCUGAACUAUCACAGAUGCUCGGCAUCUGCGAGACGAAAGAAAGUUUCAGAUCGUCGCCAAUCUUUCGUUUGCAACAUUUGCCCUGUUAAGUUCAGUCGCCCAAGUGGUCUCAAAAGUCAUAUGUUAAUUCACGAAGGUCUGAAACCUUUUAAAUGUGCUGAAUGCGGUAAAUUAUUCAGAAGAAAAUAUCAUAUGAAUCAACAUAUCCGUCUGUUUCACUCGUCAUAUCACACCCGAUCAUAUAAAUGUGACAUUUGCAGCAAACGUUUUGCAGCUCAGUUCCGCUUAAAUGCUCACAAACGCCUUGCUGGACACUGCUCUCCAAAAUUAUCCAAAUUUACGUCUGGAAAUGAAAAUGAUGGUGUAACUGUUGAGAAACAUGACUCGUCGACUACUGUUUUGGGUGCCAAGAAAGUUGGAAAAUUGGUGUCUUCGAAACGAAAGAAAAACUCGAAUUCGAGCGGUAUUUUUGUUUGUGACGUUUGCCAUCGGAAUUUCAGCAGGCGGCAGCAUCUGAAAAGACAUUUGAUUUUGCAUGAAGCUUCAAAGCAAUUCAAGUGCUCUAAAUGUGACAGACCCUUUACGAGAACAGACCAUUUAAAGCGACAUAUGCUUCGGGUCCACGUCACUGACAUCAGCGAUCAGUUGACUCUUGAUUCUUAUUAUCACUGCGCGCAUUGCAAGUAUCGAUGCCGAUUCAAAGAAAGCUUAGUUUAUCAUAUCAAGAGGGACCAUAUAUCAGAUUUAAGUCUUGAAGAAUUUAGCUGCACCGUAUGCGGAAAAACAUUUAUGAACAGGCAAAAUAGGUUAAAUCACGAGCGAUGCGUUCAUGUUGAAAAAAAUGUUUCUGUUGUACGAAUUGCGGUAUUCGAUACAAGUACGAUAGAGAUCUUGAAAAGCACCUUUUAUCAUUUUGGAAUCAAAAUCUACAUACGUCACCUUUUAAACAUUUUUACUGUGAACUAUAACAUCAUGAAGUAUAUUUUCAAAUAUGAAGACUCAAUACGUCAAUGCGAAACUAUACUUACAGAAAACAUGGCUAAACUCUCCAACUAUUCGGAAUACCUACUACAGUCUUCUUCGCUUUCAUCAUCCGAGUCCACUGAACGGGAAGAGGAAUAUGAAAUUAUGAAGAUGAAGCUUGACACAGCUCAAGAAAACAUUGCUACGUUGAAAUCGGAGUAUAAUGAUUUAACUCUAAACGGUUUGAGGUCAAGUUCAUUUGAAAAUAAUUUCAAGGAGACGUUUUUCAAGUACUUAGCUCGUCAAGAGACAUUGAGAUUGAAAUUCAUCGAAAUAAUUAACGUGUGCAGACAAAUGAAUUCAAAUUUGGAUGACAUUCUACGCGACUGUUCUGUAGAAACGUUGAACGAAAAUGGCAAUCAAAAUACAUCGAAAAGUGGUCGUUCGAAUAUAGCUGGUAGUUUCAAUCUUGAGACUAAUUCGUUUUCGAACGAACGUGUUAAAGAGUUUUGUACCUCUGCGGUUGCUUCUGCUUCGUCCAAAUCGCUGGAAGUUUCAUCUUCAGAUUUGAAUAGUGAUGUAGCUGUGAAAAAAUGCGAUUCAACGAUCGUUUUAGAAACUAAAAAAUCGAAAAAUUCUGUCUCUUCGAAACGAAGUGAAAUUCCUAAUCUCAGCCAGAGCCAAUCGUUGGUCUGCAAUAUUUGUCAUCGAAGUAUCAGUAAAAAGCAUAUGAGAAGACAUGUGUUAUUGCACGAAGGUUUAAAACCAUUCGAAUGUGCCGAUUGCGGUAAAUCGUUCGCAAGGAAGGAAAAUAUGAAGUUACAUAUAUUUUCAAUGCAUUUGCCCUAUGAAAGCAGACCAUAUGGUUGCGAUACUUGCAGCAAAUUUUAUUCAACGCAGGACCAUCUGAAUAAUCACAGGUGCUCAACAUCUACGAUACCAAAGAAAGUUUCAGAUCGUCGCCGAUCUCUGGUUUGCAAUAUUUGUCGUAAACGUUUCAGUCGCCAACAAAGUCUCAAAAGACAUAGGUUAAUUCAUGAAGAUCCGAGCCGUCGUUUCGCUUGUAACAUUUGUCAUUGGAAAUUCAGCAGGCAGGAGAAUCUGAAAAGACAUUUGAUUUCGCAUGAAGCUUCAAAACCAUUCAAGUGCUCUGAAUGUGACAGGUCCUUUAGGAGAACAGAACAUGUAAAGCGACAUAUGCGUCUGGUCCACGUCACUGACAUCAGAAAUCAGUUGACUCUUGAUUAUUAUUUCUGCGGGCAUUGCAAGUAUCAAUGCCAAUCCAAAGAAACCUUAGUUUAUCAUAUCAAGAGGGACCAUAUAUCAGAUUUAAGUCUUGAAGAAUUUAGCUGCACCAUAUGUGGUAAAACAUUUUCUAAUAGUAGUUAUAGAAGACGUCACGAGCAAACAGUUCAUGCCAAAGAAAAAUGUUUCUGUUGUACAAAUUGCGGUAAUCGAUACAAGUACGAUAAUAGUCUUGCACAACACUUGAGACUUAAACAGUGUAUGCCCAAGUAGUGCAUUUGUAUGAAUAAUAUUCUUUUCUCCUCAGUGACUGUAAGAUUGCCCUCGACUUCUAUAUUUUAAUGCGGCAAAAUUAAAGCCAUUUUACAGAAAUUUUAAACGUCAUUUCUCAAGUAAUCGAUGUAAUGUACCUCCUAAAAGUGUGUUAUUCAACGAUUGUUUUAGAUGUUAACAUUCAUUAUUUUAAUUCUCGUUAUACUCGUAUAUCAGUCUUUUGUUAUUAAUUAAAUUUGUUUUUCAUUUUUA